UAAAACUCUUGUCGCGUUGUUUUUUACAGCACGGCCGGUCAAGUGUAGUGUUUCGAACGAUGACGUCACACCAGCUGUAUGUUGAGGAGUGCGGGGACCCAGGCACUGUGUUAAAACUGAGACGUUACGAGCUGCCAGAAACUCUGGGACCGACGGAUGUCGCCGUACAGAUGCUGAUGGCCCCGGUCAACCCAGCGGAUCUCAACAUGAUAGAAGGAACGUACUCCGUGCAGCCGCCCCUUCCUGCGGUGAUGGGCAACGAGGGCGUUGGCAAAGUUGUUGAGGUUGGAGCAGACGUACAGGGUGUUCAAGCAGGUGAUCUGGUCAUUCCAGCAGACGCCGGGUUCGGGACUUGGCAGACUUUUAAAAUUUCAAAAGACAAGGACGUCAUCAAACUCCCGGGAGAUGUUCCUCUAAUAUCGGCAGCCACUAUAUCAGCCAACCCGUGCACGGCGUAUCGCAUGAUCAAAGAUUUUGUCGAUCUUAAACCUGGAGAUGUAAUUAUUCAAAAUGGCGCCAACAGUGGAGUUGGUGUAAGUGUCAUUCAACUUGCUAAAGAGUGGAAAUUUAAAACAAUAAACACUGUGAGAAACAGGCCAGACUUUGAUAAAUUAACAGAUUAUUUGUUAUCGCUUGGUGCUGAUGCCGUUGUUACUGAAGAGUUUGUGCGUUCUCCACAGAUGAAAGAAUUGUUAAAAACUUUUCCCACCACUCCAAAGUUGGCUUUUAACUGUGUAGGUGGACAGUCAGCUACAGACCUCCUACGUCAUCUGUGCCCAAAAGGUGUAAUGGUGACGUAUGGUGGGAUGUCCAAACUUCCGGUCUCCGUCCCUUCCCGUGCAUUUAUCUUCAGCGACGUGGUGCUGUGUGGGUACUGGAACACAAACUGGAAUCGCAUUCAUAAAACUGAUAUUGCCAGAUAUGAAAUGUUAUCAGAUCUUUCUAGGCUCAUUAAAGAGUCAAAAUUUAAGCCUCCACUGUGUGAAUUCUUCAAACUGGAGGAUUACAAAGCUGCUAUUGAAAAGGCUACUGAAGGUUUCAAAGGUGUUAAAGCCGUCUUUGAUAUGCAAUAAA